UCACACAAACAGAAAACUAGCAUAAAAAAAGAGCAUUCUGUGCUUAAAAUUUCACAAUUUUGCUAUUUGUUAUCGCAAAAUACAACAUAUGAUUGCAUGGUACUCAUGUCUUUAAGCCACACAAAGGACUCCAGCUUUUUGGGGGGCAGGAUACCCGCAGAAAUCGAGUUAAUGUCGAAAAACCUGAAGGAUGUGGACCACGAGUUGUUCAGAAAAAUACUAAAAGCUGUGGUCAGCGCCCUGGAGGGGAAGGACAACAGAGAGGUGAUGAAGUCGAUAGCAGAGAGCAGCGUCAUCCCCCAGGAGAGACUCAGUUACAUCGUGGCUGGGAUGCACAGAGUGCUGUCUGAGGCCAUCCGCAUCCCCACAUUGUCGCUAAAGCAGGAGGCCUUCAAAGAAGAUCUUAGAGAACUGAGGAUACCUGAAGACUUUAUCACAGAUUUCUCCAGUGUGGUCUUUGGAAGCAGACGUGCAGCUCUCGAUGCAGCUACCUCUCAAAACGAUCCACACCUCCCCACAAUGGAAGACUUUAAAUGGAGAGUAGAUGUUACAAUUUCUACAAGCUCUUUAGCCCGAGCCCUGCAGCCAUCUGUUCUGAUGCAGAUGAAGCUAUCAGACGGUAGCUGUCAGCGCUUUGAG